CAAUUAUAUUUUCAUUGUCAUUUGAAGUAAACAAAAAUCUGAUUAGACUCCAAUCAAUCAUGGCGAUUCAUUGAUAACCUUGUUAUAUCAUUGUUUCCAAAUUUUAGUUAUUGGAGUGUGUAAACAUUGCAAAUUGUAUCAAAUAUUAAAAUUUCAAAGCAAAAUUUAAAACUCCCUUCCGAAGUGUUUUGAUCAACUACGUCAUGUUUAUCAGACCUUGACAUCUCGUCAGUAUUGCAAUAUCAAACGUCGUCUUGCUGGUGCUUCAACAUAUAGCAACUGUAUGGAAAAUAAGUGCAACAUACAAUAACACCAUAUCCAGAGUUCCACCCUCGAUCAACUUAUGGCAAUUAGUUAUUAUUAAAAUAACAAGAUGACUGGUAUUCCUUCACGGUUGGCUUAUGCUGGAAAGCUAGUAUUGUAUACAUACCCCGGCUUGUUAUCUGCUGUUGGAAAAACACCAAACAUUAUAGCCCUCAGCAGAUGUGUGACUACUGGUAAAAUAAUUUUCAAAUCCUUUGGGGCAGGAGAACCCCCAAAAGAUACAGAUAAUUCCACUGUGCCACCAAAAGGAACUUCAGGUGGAGGUGGUGGCAAAAGUAAAAACACUUUAUCAUGUCCAAAAUGUGGAGAUCCAUGUACUCAUGUUGAAACUUUUGUGAGUUCUACAAGAUUUGUGAAAUGUGAGAAAUGCCACCAUUUCUUUGUUGUCCUCAGUGAAGUGGACACCAAAAAAAAGGAGGGUCAGGACUUGAAGACUGGUUUUUACAGGAAACCACCACCACCACCGAAAAAAAUUUAUGAUUAUCUGAACAAACAUGUUAUUGGACAAGACCACGCCAAAAAGGUAUUGUCUGUCGCAGUAUAUAACCAUUAUAAGAGAAUUUACAAUAAUACUCCGCCAGCAAUGAAUCCAGUAUCUCGUCCUGACAUGACUGUUAUGGAACAAGGGCCACAUCAUAGUGUAGCUCACAGAGAUCUUCUCCAUCUGACAGGACUGGGCCAUGGUUCCAACUUUGGUUUCAACUCCAGUCAAUCAAACACAAACGUAGAAGCCACUACACAGAAGUCUAAUGGUUCUGAAAUCCUUGACAAAAAGAGCCAUGAUUUGAAAUUGGAAAAAAGCAACAUCCUACUUCUGGGCCCUACAGGUUCUGGAAAAACUCUUUUAGCCCAAACUAUUGCCCAAUGCUUAGAUGUUCCUUUUGCAAUUUGUGACUGUACUACUCUCACACAAGCUGGAUAUGUAGGAGAAGAUAUUGAGAGUGUCAUUGGAAAAUUACUCCAAGAUGCUAGUUAUGUGGUGGACAGGGCUCAAGUGGGUAUCGUGUUUUUAGAUGAAGUUGACAAGAUUGGAGCUGUUCCUGGUAUUCAUCAGUUACGUGAUGUGGGAGGCGAGGGUGUACAACAAGGCAUGUUGAAAAUGCUUGAAGGCACUAUUGUUAAUGUUCCUGAAAGAAAUUCUCCUAGAAAAUUACGUGGAGAGACAAUCCAAGUCGAUACAACAAAUAUAUUAUUUGUUGCUAGCGGAGCAUACAAUGGCCUUGAACGUUUAAUACAAAAGAGAAAUAAUGAGAAUUAUUUAGGCUUUGGGGCACCAGUUUCUGAGAGUCAAGGAAGGAGAGCUGCAUCUCAAGAAGCUUCACUACAUCAAUCUGCAAUGAGUGCCGAAGAAGAAAAUGUAGAAAGGGACAACGCUCUAAAACAAGUCCAGGCUAGAGAUCUCAUCGAUUUUGGAAUGAUUCCAGAAUUUGUUGGCCGAUUUCCAGUAUUAGUGCCUUUCCAUAGUUUGGACAGAAAUAUGUUGGUGAGGAUUCUAACAGAACCUCAUAACGCUUUAGUACCCCAAUAUCAGCGUCUUCUAGGAAUGGAUCAGUGUGAUCUAACAUUUAGUCCUGAAGCAUUAGUAGCAAUUGCAAAACUUGCAAUGGAACGUAAAACUGGAGCUAGAGGUCUACGUGCCAUAAUGGAGUCUCUUCUUCUUGAACCAAUGUUUGAGGUACCAGGAUCCACAAUCACAGGAGUUCGCAUUAACGAAGAAUAUGUACUUAAUAAUGGAGGACCAGUCUAUAUUAGAGCUACACCUACACCAGCCACAGAGGUAUCAGAUGAAGAAGAUAUUACUACUUCAAUUAGGCUUAAACAGUAAUAUCUAGAGCCAAUCAUCUGGAAUGACACAUGAUGUGAUGAUGAAACAAACUUUUUUUUAGACUCAGAAAUAUUUAAAAAAAAAUGUUUUUUUUUCAAUAUAUAUGGUAUAUUUUUAUUGAUUUGAAUUGUUUGUAAAUAAAGAUUUUAUUCCGUAGGAAAACCUAUUUAGUGUGAAAAAAUUGGUUUUAUUUGAUUCAUACUACAAGGAGUGUAAUAUAUGAUAAAACAUUUGUUGUAAAUAAUAAAUCAAUUAAAGUUU